AUGGCGGCUAGUGCAACAAUGUUCCGCACGUUUGAUGCGGAAUCGGAGGAGUGGGACUUCUAUAGAGAGCAACUUGAGCAGUUUUUUGUUUCAAACGUGGUAGCGGAUGCGAUGAAGAAAGCGGUGCUCAUUAAUCAUCUUAGUUCUAGAACGUAUAAGCUGCUGCGAGAUUUGUGCACUCCAGACCAACCGAAGGAUAAAACGUACGACGAGUUGUGCAAGUUACUCACUACUCACUUUACUCCUCCUGUGGUGAUUCACAAAGAAAGAAGAGUUUUUUCUCGGGCCAAGCGGCAUGAAGGAGGCCAUGAAACUGUAAAUCAGUGGAUUGCACGAAUAAAAAAUUUGGCAGCAAAUUGUAGCUUCGGGAAUUCGCUACAAAACAACCUCGUAAAUAAGUUCGUGGACGGUCUUGAUGGCAAGGCAUUUGAUCGUAUAUGCGAAGAAAAGGAGGAUUUGACCUUGGAAAAGGCGCAGGAAUUGGCCCUUAAAUACGAAAGCGAUGAGCCAUCGGCAACACUUUUUAAUGUUCAAAACAAAAGCGGUUCGAAACAGAAUUACAAGACCAAAAAUAGAAUUGAUCAACGGCAAGAAGGACCCAGCGGUAAAUGUUUGGUGUGUUUCAAAACCGGCCAUUAUCGUCGCGACUGCAGAUUCAAAGAAUAUGUGUGCAAGAAGUGUAAUAAAAAAGGGCAUUUAAGAGCGGCUUGCGAUUUUCAGCGCAAUUUUUACUUGUCGACGGAAGAACAGAAGCAAGCUCUGGACAGCAAUGAUGCAAACGACGACCUGGAAAAGGUGGAAUUCAAUCAGAACUACAUCAGUAAGUGCAAUAUUAAAAAAAUAUAUAAGCUUUCAAAUUCAGACAAAGAGACAGAUUGGUUUAAGGUAGCAGUUAGAAUUGGUGGUGAAGAUUUUAUUAUGGAACUAGAUUCGGGUGCCGGGCUUUGUGUGAUAUCGGAAGAGCUGUACAGGCGUAAACUUUCCCAGUGGCCACUGGAGAUGUCACAAUUACAGCUACAGCUAUAUUCGGGAGAGAAAAUGAAAGUUCUUGGCACAGUUGCUCCGGUUUUAGAGUAUAAAGGAAGCAGAAGAAGAAUUAUGUUUGCGGUAGUGAGAGAACGCGGUCCACCCUUGCUUGGGAAAAAUUUUAUGAAGGCUUUUAAUGUGCAGCUGGCGAUCGUAAAAAAUAUAGCUUGUGCUCGGGAGGGAAGGUUAUCCCAGCUUCUUAAAAAUUAUGCCAGUUUGUUCCGGAAAGAAUUGGGUUGCUACACGUACGGUGAAAUAAAUCUAGAAUUAGAAGGAAAUGAACAACCUGUUUUCAAAAAACCUCGACCUGUACCAUUCAAAUUUCAAGCACAAGUAGCUAAUGAACUGGACAAGAUGGAGAAUACGGGUGUUAUCACGAAGUGUGAUAGUAGUGCGUGGGGGACCCCUUUAGUACCAGUGGUGAAACCGGAUGGCAGUAUUCGUCUAUGCGGAGAUUAUAAAGUCACCUUAAACAGUUUUCUAAAAGAAGUUAAGCAUCCCUUGCCAACGGCGGAUGAGAUUUUUGUUAAGUUGAACGGUGGAAGCAAAUUUUCAAAAUUAGACUUAUCAAAAGCAUAUAACCAAUUUGUGCUGAACGAUCGCUCUAAGGAAAUGUGUUCUAUUUCAACAAUGCAAGGAGUCUAUCGUAUGAAUCGCCUUCCUUUUGGAGUCAAGCCUGCGUCAGGUAUAGUACAGAGAGAAAUAGAAAAGCUGUUGUGUGGCAUCAAAGGCGUUUCCAAUUUUUUAGAUGAUGUAAUCAUUUCGGGAGCGACCGAUGAGGAACACCUGGAACGCCUAGAGCAAGUAUUUCGUAUUCUGGAAAAGGCCGGACUGAAGCUAAACAAGGAAAAAUGCCAGUUUUUUAAGGACCAAUUAAUAUUUUUGGGAUAUGUAAUUACAAAAGAUGGUCUCAAAAACACCGACGAAAGAAUUAGUGCAAUCAGAGAUGCACCAGAACCUACAAAUUUGACUGAAGUGAGAGCUUUUGCAGGUUUAGUCAACUAUUACGCCAAAUUUGUUGCCGGGCUCGCUGAUAUUAUGGGCCCACUAUACGGUUUGCUCCGCAAGGGGGCAAAAUUCCAUUGGGAUAUAAACUGUAAAAUGGCGUUCCAGCGAAUCAAAAAGGAAAUCUGUAAGGAUGUUACACUAGCCCAUUUUAAUCCAGAUGCAGAACUUUAUCUAACGUGUGAUGCUUCUAAUCGAGGUGUGUCGGCAGUCUUGUGUCAGAGAGAAGGAAAUAUUGAAAGACCGGUAGCUUUUGCGUCUAGAGUCCUUCAUCCAUCUGAAAUCAACUACAGUGUUAUAGAUCGAGAAGCAUUAGCGAUUAUAUAUGGAAUUAAUAAGUUCUUUUUAUAUUUAGCCGGUAAUCACUUUUGUAUUCGUACGGAUCAUAAACCGCUGCUGAGUAUUUUUAAUCCUAAAAAAGGUAUUCCGGCGAUUGCUGCUAGCAGAAUGCAAAGAUGGGCACAUUUUUUAUCGGGGUUCAGCUAUGAUAUUGGCCAUGUACGUUCUCAGUCCAACAUCGCUGACUUUCCAUCUCGAUUUCCAGUGGAAUCGUGGAAGAUCUGGAAAGAAGAUUCAUAUUUGAACUUCAUCAAUACAACCGAGUUGGCGUUGGUAGAUGUAUCCACGCUAGCCGAGGAAUCGUUGAAAGAUACGCAGCUGCGAAUGGUUAUCCAGGUGUUAAAGGGCAACAGUGACAAUAUAUGUCUACCAAAGGAUAACUCAUAUAGUAAGGUGGUACCAGAACUUUCUUUAGAAAAAGGGGUGGUUAUGCGCGGUUAUAGAGUGUUGGUACCGCCUAAGUUGAGAUCGGUGAUUCUGGCUAACAUUCACCAAUCUCAUCUCGGAAUCGUUAAAAGCAAAAGUAUAGCUAGGUCAAGUGUUUGGUGGCCUGGUAUCGAUAGUGAUAUCGAACGAUUUUCGCGAAAUUGUUCGUCUUGUUUGUUGGAAAGUAGCUCACCCCCGAGAGCACAGCUAAUGCCGUGGAAACCUCCAGAUAAAAUUUGGAGCCGAAUUCAUAUAGACUUUGCGGGUCCCGUUAGAGGUUGGAAUUUUUUAAUAAUAGUGGAUGCAUUAUCCAAAUGGGUAGAAGUUUUCGCUACUAAAUCCUGCACAGCACAAUUUGUACUAGAAAAAUUAACAGAAUGUAUUGCUAGAUUUGGAAUCUUCGACGAGCUGGUUAGUGAUAACGGUACGCAAUUCGUAUCAAGCGAAGUACAAAACUUUCUCGCGGCAAACGGUAUCAGACAAAAGCUUACGAGCCCGGGUCACCCUGCCACUAACGGCGAAGCGGAGAAUAUGGUUAAGACGUUCAAAGCUUCCCUUUUGAAAUGCUUGCGCGACCAGAACCGUAGUAUUCACAGCAUAAUUGUCAACUUCGUAAUGGGUUAUAGGAAAUCUGUGCACUGUUCUACUGGAUUAACACCUGCUCAUAUGAUGCUAGGCAGAGACAUUCGAAGUUCUUUGGAAUUGAUGAGUCCGCGAGAAGUACUGUCAACACAAAACGAAAAAACAGCCACUGAUAAUAUGAAGCAAAAACAAGAAUUGCAGGCGUCAUACUACCAUGGUUCAAGAUCGGUAACGUUCGAAGUUGGAGAAAAUGUUAUUGUUCGCGAUUACACAAAUCCCAAUAAGCAAGAUUGGACACCAGCAGUCAUAACCAAGAUACUUGGAGAGAGAAACUAUCAAGUGCAACUAAAAAAAUCCGAUCGUCUUAUUAAACGACACAUGGAUCAAAUAAAAAAAGAUUGGCGGAACUACAGUGAAGAGCAGAUUAGCGCUGUUCAAAGUAAUGCGGAGCAAUUACAAAAGCCGCGUUACGUGACGAGAAAUAUAGCAGCUCGACGAGUAGCGGAGUUACAGCCAGAGAGGAACCCCGUAGCUUCAACAGAACAGGUCAGGACUCACGCAGAUGCGGAGGAGCAUGAGUUUACACCAAUUAUACACUCGUCCCCCGCGAAGCUGUCUCAAAGAAGUGGUGGGUCGUUGAUGAUGGAGGAAUCUAGUGAAUCGUCAUUUACUCAGAAGGAUACACCGGUUCAGUCAGCAAGCAAUACGGAACUGUUCGAAAGCUUAGAAGACUCUUCAAUCAUGGUUGACAAAGCAGAAGGGAUGGUUCAGAGCAAAGUAAACAAUGAUCAGUUUAUAUCAGACGAUAGUGACGAGGGGCUAGAAGUAGGAGAUAUUUUCAAACAAAUCAUCGAGUGUGAUCAUAUCAGUCAGUUAUUUUGCUGCAGUUACGAACCGCAGUACGCGCCUUCCGGAUCCCGGGGGAACACCAUGAAUCCUCAACCGGUUCCCGUGAAAGAACAUUUCAACAGCGAUAGUAUAAGUCAUGUCGCAUAUCAAAAAACAUCAGCACUAGACAAAAUAACGAUUGGCGUACAUCUCAUGUCUCCCAGAGGACACAUAGCCGAAUCCAGGCCCAGGACAAGUCUCUUUUCUGAUCCAAGCUCGGAACGAAUUUCGAAGGAACUUGUUCAUGCGCUAGAGUCGGCUAUAUGUCCUCUGAGUGCUGAUGUUUUUGAUAUGCGACAUGACUUAUAUUACCGCUGUUGA